AUGCCCGCGUUUCCUCAAUAUGACUGGAUCCUCGCUAUCACUACCAUAGCCCUCUGUGGUAGUGCGUUCGGCAACGGAGCCAACGAUGUCGCCAACGCUUACGCUACAUCAGUCGCGGCACGUACCCUGACCAUGCCCCAAGUCGGUAUCCUCUCCAUGAUCACAGAGUUCAUUGGAGCUGUGGCCCUGGGAGAGCGGGUCACGGGUACAAUCAAAAAUAACAUUAUCAACAUCGAUCACUUCGCCGAGAGCCCAGCCGUACUCAUGUUGGUCAUGGGAUGUUCCGAAGUGGCCUCAGCCAGCUGGCUCAUCCUCGCCACCAAGAUGGGCAUGCCCGUGUCAACGACACAAACAAUCGUUGGCGCCUUGAUUGGCGCCGGCAUUGCAUCGGGUGCCAGUGUGUCAUGGGCAUGGAACGAUGGCAGCGUGUCGCAAGUCGCCGCCUCGUGGGGGAUCGCCCCUCUGAUCUCGGGCGCCUUUGCUGCCAUCCUUUUUGGCACCUUGAAAUUCUUCAUCCUCGAGCGUGAGAAUUCUUUCGAGAAGGCCAUGCGUGCUAUACCCUUCUAUCUGGCCUUCACCGGCGCCAUCUUGGCGCUUUUUCAUAACAGUCGAAGCCCCUGGCGCGCCCAGCCUCGAAGCCCUCGGUGCAGGCACUGCGUGCGGAAUUGUACUCGGGGUGUUCUUCGCGUCCUAGCCAUCGCUACAUAUUUUUCAUCCCCUACUUCAAGAGGUAAUCAUCAUGAAGACCCCGGCCAAAUCUCUCCUACGACCGAGCCGGCCGCCACCGGCAGCAGCUCUGGUGUGCAACCCAAUCCUGCGGGCAAUGGCCAGUUUCUGGAGGAUGUUGAGCGCCAUGGGACCCUGCCCAUUCGACGCAAGCAUCUCAAGCCUGAGCCGGAGGAGCGCUUCCUCGCGCCAACGGCACACCUUCCAGUCUACCACCCACAACGACAGUGGUCGCUGCUCAAAUACUUCUUCCUCCAAGGGGUAACGCGCGAUUGUGUUACGCACGCGUCGGCCCAACUCGCAAGCGUUCACGGCAAGGCGAAGCGAUAUGAUAACCGGGUUGAACACCUUUGGACCUACGCCCAGGUUGCUUCAGCAAUCAUGAUGUCCAUCGCACAUGGGUCCAAUGAUGUGGCUAACUCGGUCGGCCCUUGGGUGGCAUCCUACCAAGUUUUCCGUACUGGCCUGGUGACCGAGGACGUCAACACUCCUGUCUGGAUCCUCGUUGUCGCCGGUUUCCUCCUUGGCGCUGGUUUUUGGUUCAUGGGCCAUCACAUUAUCAGGGCGCUCGGCAACAAGAUCACACAGCUGUCGCCGACAAGGGGCUACGCAAUGGAGCUUGGUGCUGCCAUUACUGUGCUGCUGGCGAGUCGCCUUGGGCUUCCAGUGUCGACUACCCAGUGCCUCACAGGUGCUGUUCUUGGCGUGGCACUGAUGAACUUGGAUUUGGGCGCUGUAAACUGGCGGCAACUAGCUUUCAUCUUUGGAGGUUGGGUGCUGACUCUUCCUUGCGCCGGGCUCAUGUCGGGCCUUUUGACGGUCAUGGCAUUGAACGCGCCCCAAUUUGGAUCCUAA